AUGGCGGGGACUUUUGGUUCCGUGCUGCAAGCGCUGUGCGUGAUGCAGUGGAUGCUGACCUUCCUCUUCCUCGGGCCGGGCUCGGUGCUGGCGCUGCUGCUGCUGCUGAGGACGCGGCUCUGGAUCGUCCCCGUCACCUACGCGGGGUGGUGGCUCUGGGACUGGCACGGGCCCGAGCGGGGGCCCCGGCACUGGGACUGGCUGCGGAACUGGCGCCUCUGGGACCAUUUCUGUGACUAUUUCCCCAUCACGGUGAUCCGCGAGUGUCCCCUCCCCCCCGGGCGCAGUUACGUCCUCCCCGCCCACCCCCACGGCAUCUCCUGCAUCGGCGUCUUCGGGGCCUUCGUCACCGGGGCCCGCGGGGCCUGGGGUCCCUGCCCGGGGCUGCGCCCCAGCCUGGCCGCGCUGGAGGGGCUGUUCCGGCUGCCGAUCUACCGGGAGUACGCCAUGGCCGCCGGCCUGUGCCCGGUGAGCCGGCGCUGCCUGGACGCCGUCCUGGCGCGGGGGUCGCAGGCGCUGCUGAUCAUGGUGGGCGGCGCGGCCGAGGCGCUCGAGGGGACCCCGGGGCGUCACCGCGUCACCCUGCGCCGGCGCCGCGGCUUCGUGCGCCUGGCCCUGCGCCACGGGACCAUUCCGACCCCAUUUUAA